ACAAUAUUCACCGCAACCAUGAUUCCCCGACUACGCGCCCUCCUAACUCCAAUAAGAUCCUCACCAACACAGUUCCAUCGAACGUUCUCCUCAACCCUGCCGACGAGAUCAUCAUCGCCAUCAGAGCAGGAUGAACAGCCCUUCGCGCCGGCAGAGCAAGGCGGGCACCAACCCAUCAAGAAGACGCUCCUCUCCGACCUCCCAAAAACAGUGCUGAACGAUUACCACGAGACACAAUGUCCCAAUGAAGCGCAACUGGCCUACGCCGACAAACUCUUCGCUCCCUCGCGCCACUCCCCGAUCAAGCUCUGGUCCGCCAGCAAGUUCCGCACGACGCCGAUGUCCUCCCAGGAGCCCGAGGUGUGCUUCCUGGGCCGAUCGAACGUCGGCAAGAGCUCGGUGCUGAACCGCCUCAUGGGCGAGGAAAUCUGCUACACGUCGUCGAAACCGGGGCGCACGCGCGAGAUGAACGCCUUCGGCAUCGGCGGCACGAAAGGCGGGGAGUCGAAGAUCGUGCUCCUGGAUAUGCCGGGGUACGGACACGGAGGUCGGUGGGAUUGGGGCGUGGAAAUCAUGAAGUAUUUGAAACAGAGGAAGCAACUCCGCCGCGUCUUCGUCCUCAUAGACGGCUUUCACGGUCUCAAGAGAUGGGACAUCGAAGUCCUCAAGCUCCUCAGCCAAUACGGCAUCCCCUAUCAAAUAGUCGUCGCCAAGAUCGACAAGCUCCUGGCCAAGCAGCCCGCCCAGAUCCGAACCGGCGUUACGGAGAAAGGCUUCGAAACGGUCCGUGAUGUCCAUCGGCAGUUGCGCAUCGGGGCCCGGGGAGCAUUGCAGUUUUGGAAAGGGCCCCCGCCACUGGGGGAAACCUUGACCUGCUGUUCUAAGGUCGAGCGCACCCAAGGCGAGUACAUCGGGAUCUCGGCGCUGCGGUGGGCGGUGGUUAAGGCGGCUGGGUACGAUGCGAAUCUCGACGCCGAUGGGAAGGUGAUUAAGAGGUCGGCUUCCCUUGCUUCACCCCCUCCUCCUCCUCCUUCUCCGCAGGUGCAGCCGAGUGGGGAGCUGACCCCUCCCCCUUCUCCUCAGGUGCAGCAGCAGCCGGAGAAGGUGGUGGAGGUGGUAGAUGAUGAGAUGGUGGAGGAAGCGGAGAGGGAGGUGGAGGAAGCGGAGGAGGAAGUGAACGAGUGGUUCACGAAUCCCGAUGAUCCAGCUCCGACCAAAAAGAACAAAAAACGCAAGUCACGGAUCUGAUGAAAGACCGCAGCCUCUUCUGAGCUCGCACCAAAAAGCAAAGUCUCGUUGAAUGUACAACGAGAGCGAGAAGCCAGGCACGGUUGAUGUGCCCUAAUCCGAGGCUCGGCAUUCUCUUUUCAUUCAUCAUCGGUCGAAGUGAAUGCGACGAUCUCCUGUGUCAUUCGAGUGACAACUAUGCACUCUCCGCUGCCAUUGAUGGGAUUGGCACUUAUUUAGACUACAUAUGCUGGAACUUUAAAGGUUGAGCUCGGCUGUCCUCGCUCAUUGAUAUGCAUAUGUCUGUCAAGUCAGGGCGGGUUCCUGGAUUUCUCUCCAGCUAUGGUGCUCUCCUGGACUUAAUCUCCAACUCCAUGCUACGUCCUGGUCAUAAGAUUUAGUCGGAGCAUUCUGGGAUCAUGUUCAAGCCGCCCGUGGCGCUGUUAAUAUCGAAGGCGAG